AAGCAGCCGCACUAAAUUUUUUCAAACGGAUACUUCAUUUUUUCGUGUGAGAGUGAGAAGCAGCCGCACUAUCAUUUUUUCAAACGGAUACUUCAUUCGGUCUUCUUCAAAUCCAUUCACGCCAUGGCUUCUUCUUCAAACCAAGUCCGUUAUUCGAGACCCGAGACGAUCAAUCGUCCAACAGUUGAGAUCAGUACGUACUACAAUAUUAAGUACCUGUCGACAGUAGCGGGGAGACUACAACAAAUUGGCGAUUUUGAACUGGAGAAUACGUUCAGGCAGGGGUGCUUUGGUAUGAUGUUGGAUUGGCAGCCGGGCCAGAAGUGCAAUGCUGCAUUGCACCAUAUUGUCUCUCGUCAUCUUAAGAUGACGAGAGACGAUGAGGAUGAUGAGAUCUGCUUCAACAUCAACGGGAGGAAGGUUGACUUUACUCCGAGAGAUUUCGCUCUCGUGACAGGAUUGGCCUUUGGGGAUGAUCCUUUUGAUACUUUGGCUGAGCACGAUCUGAGCGAGGCUCGGACAUUUAUACAAUUUUGCCGCGGGAAGCAUGUGUCAGUGCAGGGGCUGGCGGAUAUAUAUUUCGACACCGCCAGUCGAGUGGUUGACCCCGACGGCGGGUUCUACCUCCGUGUGGCCCACUUGUUGGUGCUACACGCAUUUGUAUUAGGAGUGGACGUGCGACGACCCGUGCAGUCCUGGACUUGGAAGCUGGUGGAUGAUUUGACAGCCUUUUCAAGAUUUCCUUGGGGAUCGUGCGCGUAUAGGAGCUUGAACUACAGGUUGAAGAAUACCACAAUUAAGAAUGAUAAGACCAAGUACCACUUCUACGGUCCUUCUUGGGCCCUAUUCAUUUGGGGUCUUGAGGUUAUUCCCGACUUGGCAGCAGCCAUAGCCAUAUGCAAUGCGGGAGUUCACCCUAGAUUCAAGAGGUGGACGUUCGUGAAGACCAAGGUCGAUGGGUUACAGAGUUUAUUUGAGACAGAGGAGAACGGGAUAUGGGAGAUGAUCCCCGAUAAGUACGAGGUCACGACGCAUUACUGGCGAUCGGUGGCAGGCGUCAAUGCCGGGCCAGGGGUUCGAGUACCAGAGCCGGGAGUCUUUGGUCAUAGGCAGCCUCGGGCGCGUUACAGUGGUGGGGACCGCAACGAGCCUACUAUUGAGCAUCAACCACGGCGUCGCAGUACGAGACAGGAUACUGGCAAGCGCCCGAGACGACUAGUAGUGGACACCUCAUCGAGCAGCAGCCAUCACGAUCAGAGCGGGGGCGAUCACCCUGUAGAUUCUGGUCGAAGGUCUCACAGUCACAGAGCCCCGAGGCCUAGGCACGAGGAUCAGAGUAGAGCUCCUGCACCAUCACAGUGGAGCGAGCAGGAUUGGCAGCGCAUGCAGCACAUGAUGCGCGAGAGUGAGGGACGGAUAGCGAGGAAUGUGGAGGUCAGCCUGUUCACGAGGAUUAAGAAUUGGUUCGAGGAGAAGUUGGAUGCUAUGCAUUGCCGAUGCUCGCAUAGCACUGAUGUUCAUGUGCCCAGACCUGCUCCACGAUCUCACUCUGACAGGAGACGCGAGCCCGAGCCCGAGCCCGAGUCCGAGCUGGCGCAGCGAACAUCCUCAGAGGCCCCAUCGCAUCACCGAUCCCCUGCACACGAGUCUCCUGCACAAGAGACUCCGCACAUGGGUGUCCACCACUUGCCCAUAUUCGGUGAGUCGAGUUCUUAUGGUGGGCCACGCUUCUCGUGGGCUGAGCAGGGCACGAGUUCAGCAUACCCGCUUGAGCUGCCUCGUUCUUCGAUGCCGAUCCUUAGAGAUGCCGGAUAUUCUCAGGCAGAGAUGCACGAGUAUUGGAAGCAGUAUAGUGGGGGAGUUUCUGAGGCAGUAGAUGUUGUUCCCCUCAGUAUUUGUGCACCAGAGGUUCCACGCAGAAGCCAACGACAACGGAACCCGUCGGCUGCACUUCGGUCACCAUACGUGCACAGCGCCGUGCCGAGACCCGUCGAGCAACAGUAUGUUGACGGGUUUGAGCGUAUGAUGGAAGCUGGCCGCCGUGGACACUACCAGCCGGUGGUGGUGGCAGAGAGCGAGCACCCUCUCCCAUAUAACUUUUGGACCCAAAUGCAAAACACGAGGACUAACCUCUCGAGCAAUGCUGUUGAUAUGUACAUGAUGACGAUGAGAUCGAGGUUGAUGAGGGGUGCUGACUAUCAUAUUGGAUACAGAAUUAUUCGAGUUGCUGUCAGCAUGACGCACUAUGUUUCCCUCGAAGGCAGAAGGACGGCUUUCGAGCUCAUUUUGCCUAUAUUUGUGCUGGGACGUUACAUUACAUGCCGAGUGGAUUUGCUGAGGGGUAUUUGCGACAUCUUCGAUUCGCAGUUGUUCAAGACCUUGCCGCAGAAGCGCUUCGAUGUGAUCGCCGCUCUAUAUCUGCUGCAGUGCCUGUUGGGUAAGCUGCUUGACGUGUCCAAGUGGUUCGAAAGGACACGGAUUGUCCAAAACCCGUUGGAAAACCUCUCAUGGCGAAGGUUGAAAAUCCAAUAUGCCGAGGAGAAUGAGCAGUUUUAG